AAGUUUGCGAUUACUUCUGACUUCGCUGAGGGCGUUAUCUUCUCUAAUUCAUGGAAAUAAAAAUUGUUUCAGUUCUAUAGUGGAAGCACUCUUGCUCGCUUCGGUGUACAUAAAAAUUCUAUCAUGUCAUAUGACCGUAAUACAAAAAUUCUUAGUGGAAUCGAAGUUCCGCCAUUGUACCAUCCAAAUAUAACGCUUGGUGAAUUCUUACUCCAUUACCUUUACCGUGAUUCGACCCGUGUUAUUCAAACUAAUCACGACGAUGGCGUCCAAAUAACUGCCGGUGAAAUGGCAAAACUCGGUUGCCAGAUAGCUGGUGGUCUUUUGAAUCACAUAAAAAUUGGAGACGUCCUUGGAAUCGUGUGCAAAAAUACGUCCUAUGUUACACCACUAGUUCUAGGAGGCUUUUUGGCUGGCACGCCCGUUUCAACGGUUGAUCCGACUUACAGAGCCAAGGAAAUCGCUCAUGUAUUUAGUCUCACAAAGCCGAAGAUCGUCUUCUGCGACAAAGCCAACUUAAGUGAAGUAAAAGAAGGACUAAGGCAAUGCGAAGUUGUUUGCAAAGUGCUAACUGUAGACGAAAGAGCGGCGGAACAUAGUCAUUUGUUUGACUUAUUUGAAUCAUCUGAUGCAAAUGCUGAGUUUAGACCAACAAGACUAGACGUUGAAGCUUCUAAAAACUGUGCAGCCAUCUUGUGUUCAUCAGGGACGACCGGACUUUCAAAAGGUUGCAUGCUAUCACAUCAGCAAUGUAUGAGUUCCACAAAAGCAGGGCCGUACUUUUCGACAUUAUUCUCCUUUAGCAGUUUGUAUUGGUAUACAGGUUUUAGUGGACUCAUGCAAUCCCUUGCGAAUAAUAUCAAUAGAGUCAUUACGAAGAGCAGUUUUUCACCCGAGCUUUUAGUUGACAUUAUCGAAAAGCAUAAGGUCAACAGCAUAGUAUCUCCACCAGCACACAUCCAGUUAUUAUUGAAGUCAAAGGUAAUUGAAAAAGCCGAUUUCAGCUCAUUACGGAUAGCUGUUCUGACCGGUGGACCCAUGGAUGCGAGUUUGAGAAAACAAUUCCAAAAGUUCCUGAAAGCCGGAUCAAUUGCAUCGUUCUAUGCGACAACUGAAAUCGGGUCCGUGAUAUCCUCGACAGCUCCCUUUGAGCCAAUCUCAAAUUCAUGCGGAAAACCGACACCAAACACCAAAGUCAAAGUAGUAGAUGAUGAUGGGAAAUUAUUGGAUGCAUUGCAAGUCGGUGAAAUUUGUGUUCUGCAUCCUUACACAUUUCUCGGCUACUGCAACAAUAGAGAAGAAACUGAAACUGCUGCAGAUUCAACGGGUUGGCUGAAAACGGGAGAUCUUGGUUACGUGACUGAAGGUGGUGAAAUUUUUCUGGUUGAUAGGAAGAAGGAAGUUUUCGACCAGAUGAACUAUACUGUCUAUCCAUCGGAGAUCGAGUCAUACAUUCGAAGUAUAAAAGGAGUGAAAGAAGUGUGUGUUGUAGGUAUUCGAGAGUUAGCUGGUUGGCGCGGCGCGGCUGUUGUGGUUAAAGAUGCCGACAGUUCAGUCACAGAGAAGGAUAUUGUUGACGAGGUUCAUAGAAAUUUUCUGGAUUUCAAAAGACUGCAUGGUGGAGCAUAUUUUGUCGAUUCCUUGCCAACGACAACGACUGGGAAAAUCAAAAGGCUCGAAGCUAGAACAAUUGCUGAGAAAAUGUAUGAACAAAAAUUCCGUUCCAGUUCCAAGAUAGACUAAGAUAUACAUAGGAAGGUCCCCCAGUAGUUUCUUGUGCCUUGACGUAAACAUUGUUUUUGAUAGCCAGAAUACAUGUAAUCAGCCACUACGAUUCAAACAUUUCGAUUAAUUUUCGACCCUAGAGCCGUGAAACGUGAAUGAAUACAAAAUACAACCAAGGAACUGCAAAUUUCUUCCAAUAAAGGCUAAUUCUAUGAAAUCAACUUCAAACACGAUAUCGACAUACGUUCGAUAUCUCAAUUAGAAUGAAUUGGAUUGAAAUAAAAAUUAUUAUUUCAACCCGAAACACCCGAAAUCAACUGAUUAAUGUUAUGCGAAGCCAUUGUUUUUAAGGAGUCAUAGUACUUACUUGCAAGCAUUCCAAGCAUUCCAGGUCCAAGGUACGAACAUGAUUUUUUGCUUUUGAACGCAUACGCGGGUCGGAGCUAAAACUUACUCACACUCUUUCCCGUCUCUUUGUUUUUUUUUGCUUCGUGUCUUUCGUACCACGUGUUCAAUUUUGCACAUCAUAUGGAUAACCACUCAAUCCCAGUAUGUGUCUGAAUUCGUACACAUUGAGAAUUAAUAGAGAACGUCAGAUUUUUUAACGCUAAAUCCGUACGGUUAUGGCCAAUGUCAACGAAAAAGGCAAAUUUAUAAGAAAACCGAAAAUAAACAAAUUUUCGCUCGAUGGAUUUUACUCAAACAUCUGGCCAGUGUGUAGCGCAUGAUCUCAGGGAUCCGGUAAAGCAACUAAUUUUCGAAACGGACUAAUAUUUUUGUCGAUCCAUACGACUUUAGAAAGAGGUAUUUUUACACAAAGAUCACCUCAUGAUUUUGAAAGUCUUAUCGCUCAUCAAACAUGGGUCUGUUCCGAAAACUAAUUACUUUACCGAAGUCCUGAGAUCACGCGCUACACACUGGCAUGAUGUGUGAUCAAAAUUCGUCGAGCAAAAAUUUAGUUAUUUUCAGUCCUCUUUUAAAUUUAACUUUAUCGUUGACAUUUGUCAUUACCGUACUGAUUUAGCGAUAGAGUUUGUUUGUGAGAUUUAGAGUUAAAAAAAUCUGACGUUGUCUAUUUUUACUUACGUAGUCUCUCUACUCUCGGUAUACGAAAUUCAGUUAUUUCAUGUGUUCCCUCCGUGUGAUGUAAAUAUCUAUUUCAACAAAAAAUCUAAUAUCGUUUAAGUUUAUUUAUUUAGAAUCAAUUUGUCUCGAUGAAAUUUAUGCAUCUCUUGAACGACUCAUACACUCUACGUAACUUACUCUCUAAAAUUGAUUUAAGUAAAUUUCGACAUAAAGUUCUUGGUAUUCUCAGGGGUACUGUAUCAUUCCCAAUCGCCAGGUUAUACAUUGACUGGAUUGAAAUGGAUGUCUUUACCAUUUAUAAUAAAUGUAAAUUUCAGAACCGAAAUGAUUGCUUGUGUUAAAUUGUGUAAUGUUCGUUUCCACCCGAUUUUCAGGUUCGUAUCAGAUCAUUCACGUUUUCUUCAUCCAUUCACAGAUGGUAAAGUUAAAAAAAAAAAUAUUUUAACUUCUAAGACAGGUGGUGUGCAUUUUUGAUGAGAUAUUGUAGAUAUAAAAAGUAAAUUAAAUCUUUUUAUGGUAAAAAAAAAUGUUGUUACCAUCACUCAAUUCGUAUAUUAUAUCCAUAUACCUAUAUGAAGAAGGCAUAAAUACAUUUUGGGAAUUACAUUUGAA